UUGGUAGUUUGGUAGUUUUGGUAGCUUGGGAUCCCUGUUCCCAUUUUCGACCAGGCGUUCCUACAACUAGAACUCAUUCCUCCUCCAUCAUAAGAUUAUACCGGCUUCCGUUACAUCUGCUGAGUGUCGUUGAGUGAUGUAGAUCAGUUGUGGCAUAAGUGACCUUUUGAUAAUGCUGGCAAGCUCAAUCGAAAUCGCCAGUUUUUCAUCAGCCGUGAUCAUAAUUCUUCUUUGUGCUCUCUUGUUUUAACUCAAGGAAGGACUUUGUCAAAAUGGCAGCGGCUGCGUCGGCAACUAGUGUUUCAGCACGUCUCACUCGAGUCUUCAAUGAAGAAUUGUCUUGUCCUGUUUGUCUGGAAGAACUCAAAGAACCAAAAUGUCUUCCUAGCUGUGCUCAUAAUGUCUGCAAAGCUUGCCUGGAGAACAUGGCUCGUAUGAAUCCUGAAAUUAUCCGUUGCCCGACAUGUAGGAGAGUUUCACAAGUUCCUCCCGGAGGUGUAAAUGAUCUUCCAACAAACAAUGUCCUACUAAAAUUCUUGGAGAUAACUCCAGGCAGACAACAACGAUUGGAAAUUCAGAGAUCCGUGGACAAUAGCAAGCCCGUAAUCAACGAAAUGCAGACAAGGAUAACAAUUCUAGACCAAGCUUUAGAUAUCUUAGAAACUGAUUGGAAGAAAGCCAAAGAAGAUAUUCAUUUAACCGCCAACAUUGUGGUAGAGAUGGUUCGAAACCAGGAGAGCAGUCUUUGCGAGGAUAUUGAAGAUUUUUACGGGAAGAAGCACAAGAUGCUACAGAAUCAGAGACAGAACUUGAGCAGUUUACUAGCAAGUUCUUCCGCUUGUCUUGAGACAGCUGAAGGAAUUCUUCUGAAAGGAGAUGUUGACGAAUUGACUGAGAUGGCAGAUGUCCUCACCCAACAACUGAAAGAAGUAAGCCAGAUGAAUUUUGAAGAUGCUGGAGAGCUUAAACAGAAAUGUAAGGAGCAGCUAGAGUUUCACCCAAACCACGAGUUACAAAUCAACCUCGAAAAACAAUGCAUUGGUGUGGUGCGGAGAAAAAUGAGUGAUAAAAUUCCUACCAGCCCCUUAGGUGUCUCUGACAUCAGCUCUAUCGGUAAGGUCAUUAAGAAAAUUGGACGGAAGGGUUCCAGGAGGGGUAAGUUCAAAAAUCCUGGGGGCAUUGCUUCAAAUGCACAUGGAGAACUGGCUGUGGCUGAUUAUUUUAACAACAGAGUGGAAGUAUUUGAUGAAACAGGAAAGUUCUUGUUCACAUUUGGCAAAAAAGGGGAUGGCGAGGGUCAAUUUUUGGGUCCAACUGGGAUAGCAUACACCAGAAGUAACAAAAUCCUUGUUAUGGACAGCAGGAAUUUUAGAGUACAAGUGUUUGACAAAAGUGGCCAUUUCCUUGCAACUUUUGGCAAGAAAGGCUUCAAUCAGGGAGAAUUUGGAUGGGCAGAGGGUAUUGCAGUUGAUGAAAAUGACAAUGUGAUUGUCACAGAUACAGAGAACAAUCGUGUUCAGAUAUUUUUGCUGGAUGGAACAUUUGUUCAUCAGUUUGGUGGGCAUGGCCCUGAAGGCUUUGACACGCCGUUGGGCACUGUCUACCACAAGGAAGAGUUCUACACAUCGGAUAAAGGUAACAACUGUGUAAAAGUAUUUGAUCGCAAUGGUGUUUAUGUUCGACAGUUUGGAAGGGUUGGACCUGGAACUGGUGAAUUUAGGUGCCCAAGAGGAAUUGCAGUGGAUAGAGCAAAUGAUUGCAUUCUGGUCUGUGACAGUGAAAACAACUGUGUCCAUGUAUUUAAACUGGAUGGUACGUAUGUUGUAAAUUUUGAAACAAAGAAGACACCUGUCGGAAUUGAUCUACUGAAAGGAAAGAAGUUAGCUGUAUCAUCAUAUUAUGGCCACUGUGUCCAGAUUCUGUCAUACAGAUGAUGGUGAAUUAUUUCUUACACUGGACUGUGAGGUGUGCCUCUUUGUGAGCUUAGUCGCUUGAGGGAACCAAAAAACACAAUACAUGUAAACCCACAAGAAAAGCACUAAUAUGUUACUCUUGCCCCAACUUUUCAUGCAGCACCCUCAUCUCUUUCUUCUUGCUCAACAGACUAAGCUUGGAGAGAGGUGAUCCUUAUAGGCUAAUAAUCUUUGUACAGGCCUCUUCAUUUGAGCCCAGCAACAAGGUUGUUCUAAUUAGCUAGGGAAUUUCUAGCUUGGUAAAAGAGAUGCUGUUACAAAAAUUAAGAUCUUGUCAGCUGGGCUACAUGUAGCUUGCCUUUCCUAAGAUCCCAUCACAACUUCUAGAAAGGAAAGACUUGGGAGGCAAAUUCUCUGAUCUGUGUUUGCCUGGUUGAUUAAGAUUAUUUGAAGGGACCAAAAGAAAAAUUCUGCAAAAGUAAUCAAAGAAAAAAAUUUUGUCCUACUGUAUUUUGCCUGUUUGAAGGAUCAGUUAUUUAAGGAUCUGUUUAUUUUUAUUUUUAUUUAUGUCACUUUACAAGAACUGUAAGAACUGAAGGAUCAGUUAUUUUUAUUUGUGUCACUUUACAAGAACUGUAUAAAUGACAGCACUAAACAGCCAAAAGUGAGAAAAAUGUUAAAUCCCUACUUUCCUAUUUUUAAUUAAUAACUAGUGUAUAGAGACAAAGACAGUUUUUCUCUUUAAACUCAGUCUGAUACUUGCAUGACUGGCAUUUUGUUUAUGCAUGGAUAAAUUUGUUUUGUAUAUUUAUAUUUGAAGUAGCAGUAGAUUAUUUGGUGAAUAAUAAGAGUCUUAGAGACAUUUCAACUAUGAAUGGGUGAAUGUGAGGUUAA